AUGACGAUGUCAACGCCCGGGCAGGGGGGUGUGGACAAGGCCACCAAGAGCAAACCUGCUGAGGAGGGGGAUGCCCCUGCAGCCAAGAGAGCCCCCAUCUUCUAUGGCAGCCUGGAGGAGAAGGAGAGGGAACGUCUGGCAAAAGGGGAGUCGGGGCUGCUGGGGAAGGAAGGGAUGAAAGCUGCAAUUGAGGCUGGAAACAUCAACAUCAGCAGUGGCGAGGUGUUUGACCUGGAGGACCACAUGAGCGAGCGGCAGGCGGAGGUGCUGGCCGAGUUCGAGCGCAGGAAGCGCGCCCGGCAGAUCAACGUCUCCACGGACGACUCGGAGGUGAAGGCCUGUCUGCGGGCCCUCGGGGAGCCCAUCACCCUCUUUGGAGAGGGCCCUGCUGAGAGGAGGGAGAGGCUGAGGAACAUCCUGUCGGUGGUUGGCACGGACGCCUUGAAAAAGACCAGGAAGGAUGAUGACAGGUCAAAAAAAUCCAGGGAAGAGUAUCAGCAAACCUGGUACCACGAAGGACCACGCAGCCUGAAAACAGCAAGGGUGUGGCUGGCCAACUACUCCCUGCCCAGGGCAGUGAAGCGCCUGGAAGAGGCUCGGCUCUUCAAAGAGAUUCCAGAGGCAACCAGGACCUCACAGAGGCAGGAGCUACACAAAUCCCUGAGAUCCUUGAAUAACUUCUGCAGCCAGAUUGGAGACGAUCGCCCGCUCUCCUACUGCCACUUCAGCCCCAACUCCAAGCUCCUGGCUACAGCCUGCUGGAGUGGAUUGUGCAAGCUCUGGUCUGUGCCUGACUGCAACCUUGUUCACACCUUACGAGGACACAACACCAACGUAGGAGCCAUCGUCUUCCACCCCAAGGCCACGGUCUCUCUGGACAAGAAGGAUGUUAACCUGGCCUCCUGUGCUGCUGAUGGCUCAGUCAAGCUCUGGAGCCUGGAAAGUGAUGAACCCGUGGCAGAUAUUGAAGGACACAGCAUGAGAGUGGCACGUGUGAUGUGGCACCCCUCUGGGAGGUUCCUGGGCACCACCUGCUACGAUCACUCGUGGCGCCUGUGGGACCUGGAGGCUCAGGAGGAGAUUCUGCACCAGGAGGGGCACAGCAAAGGGGUCUACGACAUCGCCUUCCACACCGACGGCUCCCUCGCCGGCACAGGUGGGCUGGACGCUUUCGGCCGGGUGUGGGACCUGCGCACGGGACGCUGCAUCAUGUUUCUGGAAGGCCACCUGAAGGAGAUCUAUGGGCUUAACUUCUCCCCAAACGGGUACCACGUGGCGACGGGCAGCGGCGACAACACGUGCAAGGUGUGGGACCUGCGCCAGAGGAAGUGCAUCUACACCAUCCCUGCCCACCAGAACCUGGUCACCGGGGUCAAGUUCGAACCCAACCACGGCAACUUCCUGCUCACCGGCGCCUACGACAACACUGCCAAGGUCUGGACCCACCCCGGGUGGUCCCCUCUGAAGACCCUGGCUGGCCACGAGGGGAAGGUGAUGGGACUGGACAUCUCCCUCGACGGCCAGCUGAUCGCCACCUGCUCCUACGACAGGACCUUCAAGCUGUGGACAGCAGAGUAG